CAGUUACGCGGUGGCCGGCUUUUCGAACGGACGACUAGCACGACUGCCUGUCCAAGACGCCUAGACUCGAUCCCGCCUCGGGAGGCUGUCUCUCCCUCUGCGUUCAUUUCCCCUCUGCCUCUCGGUCCAGCACCGAGAUCCGAGCACCAGCAGGUUCUGCCCGCUCACUGGGGAGCAGCCGCGUUUCGGAACCGCGACCCGUAGUCAGUGUUCGUGCCGCGGAAUCGGUUCACUUCAAGGAAUCAGAUAGAAGUCGCUCGGUUCUACACUGGCGAACACGUGGCUCAGGGCAUUCGGAGGGUGACGUGAUCAGUGCAGUGGGUGUUUAAGUGACCAGCCCCUGCAUGCGCUACCCCAGUAACGGUCAGCUACGGCUUCUGCGACCCACGGUAUCACCAUCGGCAAGUGGGAAGUUUCUCGGGACCGAUGUUCACCGGCCGUCGCUUCCAGGUUCGUCACAAUGAGAUUGGUCACUGACAUAUCACUUUAAAAUACCACUGCACAAGUCGAAAAGCGAACAAGCAUUAUGAUACUUACCUGAUGGUCGUUAGUAAGACGCCCUCUGGGAAAUCCUGGCUCUGCACAAACCUGUGGAUCAUCUUCGAAAAUCAUUCCAACGUUAUAUUAACACUGACAUGUAGUAUGCUGAUUACCUGCACACCUUGACUUGCAAGUAUAGUCAUUUCAUGGAUCUCGUGUCGUCUAAUUAACCCCUGGAUCAGGACUACUGAUGGGAUGCUUUUUCCCGCUCGUAACAGAGUCAUUCCCUUCUCACGUUCGUUCGCUUCACGACCUGAUGAUUAUCCAACUGACUUCACGGAUGAGGAUUAGGUGUCUCAGCUGAUUUAUACCUCAGUGGCAAUAAUGCCCGUCAUCUGUACUGCAAGGGAGGGUCUGCGUUGAGGAGAUAUUGAAGUGGGUUAAUUAAUGUACAGUGUGUUGUACAAAUGUAAAUAAAGAGAGAGAAGGAGAGAAAGCGAGAGAGAGAGAAAGAGAGAAAGAGAGAGAGAGAGAGAGAGAAAGAGAGAGAGCGAGAAGGAGAGGUCUUCCGUCAUAACAAACCGUCGAAGGAGCAAAGGACUUUCUCGAGUCCCCCGGCCCCGGCGGUUGUGUCCGGCUGCUUGGGGAUGGUGACAGUGGAAAGCCGAUGAGAGGUGAACUAGCAGGCUCUUCAGUUGAUGAGAAAAAACCACAGAGGGGUUAGUUGUGCGAUGCGUACUGUCGAGAGUGCUGGGACUACGGAGACUACGACGCCUUGCACCGGGUCAGCCCAGGACCUCCACAUCUGCAGCUUGUACCUGUCGUCCCAAUCCUCCUCGGUGACAGUCCGCAGGAAUUUCGACACCGGAGAACCUCCCUCGGCAUCCUCGGCCUCGGCUGACUCCAACAACAACGACAAUCAUCACCGGAAUCUAGAGUCCUUCGAGCCCCACCUCGGUCAGCGUCUCGAGUCCAGAACGAAGUGGCAGCUGCAGCAUUCCCCGAUCGGCGAAAGUGAGAACAGUAACAGCAACAGUAACAGCAGCCUGCAGCAUCCGAGGUGUUUGUCUUCUUCAGCUGGUGGAAUAGGUCGAAUCGAGGCAGUUGAGCAAUCGACGCCGGAAACAACGCCACAGUCUCAGGUUCAGCAGCAAGCUACUGCGAUUCUUCAGCAGUGUAACGCCGGGCAAAUUUCCGCCCCCGUAUCCACGAACGUUAUACCAGUUAAUUCGGUAGCGCCUUCGGCAGCCAUAACCGCCUCAAACGCGGUUCCUGCAGUGAACCGACUAGUGCAAUCACAUCCUGCUGCAGGUGUCAACAACGCUGCGGCAACCACCACAGCAUUUACCGUCGCUUCAAGUAUGCUCCUGCUGCAGACACAGAGCCCCUUCGGAUGUAGCAGUUUCGCGGAUCUCCUAACGGCGCCAUACGCGGACCCAAUAGAGGGCGGUAAUUUGUCAGAAGAUCUUGACCCGUUCCCGGAACUAAGUUUGGGCAGCCAGACGCACCAGGGAACGGUCUCGACGGAGUCACACAGCGCGAAUUCGCACCCCCAGUUGAUACCGGGCGACGUGCAGGCGGACUCGCUGAGUCCAACCCCGCUUCCCAGCUUCCAGGAGACCUACACCGUCCAGCGAUACACGAGGCAGGAGCUCCAGGGCCUGGGGAUCAAGAUGGACGAGGAUUGCUACAGCAGCCAGGUCUACCCCACCGGCCCAUACCCCGAGUACCAGGCCGCCGUCACCUACAGCCACCAUCACCACCAUCAGGCCUACUACCAACCCGAACCGCCUCCAACUCCGACCCCCGUUCCCCAGGAGUCUCAGUACUCACCCAUGCCCAUGGUGUACAGUUCGCCUGCCACAACCCCCGUGCCUCCGCCUUCGACCGUUCCUAUCGACCUUCACACUGCGGCCACUGUCACACCCAGGCAAGGACGAGCGGCACUUCCUCUUCAGCGGUCAGAGUCCACUAGCAGUAACGAGUCACCAAAGCCACGAGGGGGUUCGGGAUCCGUGGGAUCAGCCUCACCGGGUACAGGUGAACGGGCCCCACCGAGUCCAAGUCAGCUAUGCGCAGUCUGUGGCGACACGGCAGCCUGUCAACACUACGGGGUGCGAACAUGCGAGGGGUGCAAGGGUUUCUUCAAGCGGACGGUGCAGAAGGGUUCGAAGUACGUGUGCCUGGCUGAGAAGGCCUGUCCGGUGGAUAAGCGCCGGCGGAAUCGGUGCCAGUUUUGCAGAUUCCAGAAGUGCCUGAUGGUUGGGAUGGUUAAGGAGGUCGUCAGGACAGACGACCUCAAGGGCCGGCGCGGUCGGCUUCCCUCGAAACCUAAGUCGCCCCAGGAAUCGCCCCCUAGUCCGCCCGUCUCCAUGAUCACAGCCCUGGUUAGGGCACACCUUGACACAACCCCGGAUCUUUCCAACCUAGACUACUCCCAGUACCGCGAGCCGGGACCGGCUGAACUUCCGGUUACAGAAGCUGAGAAAAUUCAACAGUUCUAUGGACUACUUACCACCUCUGUUGACGUCAUACGUAAUUUUGCCGACAAAAUACCAGGAUUCACGGAACUCGCCAGGGAAGAUCAGGAGUUGCUGUUCCAGUCAGCAAGCCUGGAGCUUUUCGUUCUGCGGCUUGCCUACAGGACGAAAUCGGACGCGACCCAGCUGACCUUCUGCAAUGGCGUUGUUUUGGCCAGAGCCCAGUGCCAGAGGAGCUUCGGCGACUGGCUCCACGGUAUUCUCGACUUCUGCCAAGGUCUGCACAGUCUCGACGUCGAUAUCAGCGCAUUUUCUUGCCUCUGCGCUCUGACGCUCGUCACCGAGAGACACGGUCUGAAAGAGCCGCACAAGGUGGAACAGUUGCAGAUGAAAAUAAUAGCCUCGCUAAGGGAUCACGUUACGUAUAACGCAGAGGCCCAGCGUAAGGCCCAUUACUUUUCGCGUCUUUUAGGAAAAUUGCCUGAGCUUAGAAGCCUCUCGGUGCAGGGCUUGCAGAGGAUUUUUUACCUAAAACUUGAGGAUCUUGUUCCUGCCCCGCCACUCAUAGAGACAAUGUUCGUCGCGAGUUUACCCUUUUAAUUAUUUAAUAAUAAUUGCGUAUUACGUAAGAUAACAUGUUAUGCAUACAUGUAAUGUGUAUUGUAUUAUAUGUAUAUUGCAUACAUACAGUGCACAAUAUUUAUGUCGAUAUAUCUAUGUGCAUGUAUGUAUAUAUAUAUAUUUUUUUUUGUGUGCAUAUGUAUAUCUUUAUCUGUUUCACGUGUAUCGCAGUUCAUGUUGAACGUUAAAAUCGAAAUGAUGAUAUUUGUUCAAUCUAUUUUUGGUCUUCCUCUUCAAGAAUCGUGUAUGUACGGUAUUACACAUAUCUUUUUUGCAUCUUUACUAUCAUACUUGUGUUAUUUAAUACAGAAGAUAUACGGCGUGAUUUGUUUUUUAUUUCACUGCACUUGUACAUAGAAAAAACGACUGUAAAUAACUCAAGUUUUAUGUAAAGCAUCAAUUGAUGAGAAAUAUUUGUCCAGAUUUCUUGUUCUUCGAAAUAUCCGUAACGUGCAGUAACAUGAAAACAGAAAAGCAGGAUAUUAAAAAUUAUAAAACGAAACAUUUUUUUCACAGGUCUGCUCAUAUUUAAUCGUUGCAUCUUUCUUUUUUUAUUUUCACUUGAUGAAUUGAGCCAUUGUUCAUUUGCACGCUUGCAAAAUGAUUGUUGUUUUAUCUUGGUGUUUUUUUUUUGGUCUAUCAGUUCGAUGAACUGAAAACAAAGGCCCAGGUGGUAGAAAAAAAUGCAGUAUCGUGUACGUUCAAUGCAAUAUAAAAAAAUUCUUUCUAUUUCCUUUUGUCCGUAACGCGGAUCAUGCGUCUAAUUGCAAUAUUGACGGAAUCAAAAACGUUGCGUGAGUAAAUAUAAUAUUGGUAUUCAUUGAGCCGUGUAAUCAAGCGGCGUGUCUCAAUUAUGGAAGCACUGUUAAUGCUGUUGCGAUUACGUGUAAGACAUCCGUGUUUUUUUUUUAUUUCUAUCAAUUCUCUUCGGUGUGUACGUAAUGUACAUCGAUGCGCGUAAUGUAAAAGUAAAUGCCGAUGAAUCGGUAAAAUUAAAGGGAAGUAAUACAUGGAACAAACUAAUAAAAAGAAAAAAACUUUUCUUUUAUGCGAUUUUCUAAAAUUCUUAUACUUCGCGCAUCGUCAUAAACUUACCGGCUACAUGUUUCUAUGUGCUAAAUAUUACGUCAUUUAGAAAGUACAUAUAUAUAUAUAUAUAUAUAUA